AUGGAGCGAGGUCAAAGUUCACAGCGCAGUGGCGAGUGGGCCAGUCUGACCUCAUCAGCGUCGGUUCCAGCGCCAGUGCACGCCAGACAGAUACUGGAAAAGCAUAGAAGGAGCAGCUGCAAAGCUGAACGGGUAAAAGUUACGGAUGCCGAAAUGUCGGAUAUUUUUCGAGCUUAUCAUGGGCGUCUCAAUAUGGUACACCAGGACAACAAGCAAGGAACCUCAUUUACAUGGGCUUUACUUCUGUUAUUCAAGCGCCGAAGUCUGACAAGCGCUUCCCGGAAAAAGAGGAUGGUGUAUUAUCAGUGGAACAUGGCGGCAGGUGUGAGAAAGCUGCUCAGCGAGCAUCGAGGAUGCUGCCCAUCCGACGAUUUUAUUAUUAAUGGACAGGCGACCGGUGAAAUACUGAAACCAGUACCACCACGCUACCGCUGUUGCAACAGAGCAGCAUCACAGGCACCGGCACUUACCGCAUUUUCUCCAUUCGUUUCGGUUUCCCCUAACACUUGCGACUCAAACAUAGUGCUUCAUUCUUCCCUACGGUUCACGAGCUCAUUUCAAGCGACGCUCGAUAAGUGA